UUUUUCGGAUCUUUGAAAACAAAAUUUGUGUUCGCGAAUCAAAUUCAAUUUUUGGGGAACUGAAAAAUUAAAUUUGUUCAUGAAUUUAUCGUAGAAGAUCCAUUCGCGAACCGAUCGUAGAUUAAAAUAAAAAAAUUCUUUCUGUGUGAGAAUUUUAUUUUUUUUUUCGGACCGUGAUGAAUGUCUACAUAUAUUUUUUAAUAGGCGAACGAUAUUUUACGAACCUUGUUUUAAAGUUGAAAGUAAAAGCCGUUUUUUAUUAUCCCACUUGAUGAUCUAAAGUUGGCAGAAAAGAUGUAAUUUUUGCUUCCCAAUUUUUAAGACGGUGGGAUAGAAACGUACAUGGUGGCGAGAGAAGACAAAAUUCUAGAGGCAUUAGAGCGCAACUAUAAUCAAUAGAUAAAUUCUUUAUGCGAUGAUAGUUGAUAAAUGUACCACCCUGUGAAACGAAUUUUAAUAAAAAUCUUUCUACUAAACAUGCCCGCCCUCUGUGAGUGUGCACCCUCAACAAAAAUCAAUAAAAAUAAAUUUUGAAGUUUACUCCAAUAACCCACUUUUGCAUAUUUACAGGCUGCUUUUAAGAACAAAUUCCAAAAAAAAGACUCCUGGAACUUUUUUUCUCAAAUAUUACUCGCCCACCAUCUGUACCUUUCCAGCCACAAUCUGCCGCAAAGAAAAUCCAUCAACAUAGGACUCUCCGAGACUGCCAUUCUUGACAUAAUGGCUGCAAAUUUACAACAGCAGCGGGCAAUAAACGAGCAGCUCCAGCGAGAAGCUGACAUUCCCAGAAUGUCAGUUUCAGAGGCUAGCUCUUUGAUGAUAAAAUAUGUGUCGGAGCACGAAAACGAGGAUUGCUUGUUAAGUGGCUUUUCCAAUCAAAAAGUCAAUCCAUUUAGGGAAAAGAGUUCGUGUGGUAUUUUGUAAGGCCUUAAAAAAGGUCUGAAAAAGAAGCUCAAUUUGUGUUCUAGAAACACAAACAAAAAAAUAAAGAAAACUAGUGUCAAUGUUGUGUGUACCUUCCUACCUAUUUACGACGAUGAGUCUUAUCGUUAAAAAAAAUUAUAUAUCAAACCAAAGUAUUUCCUUCAGCACUAUUAUACAUUAUACAAAAAAAAAAAGAUAACUGCAACUGAAAACCGUCUUAUCUAGAUUUGUAGUUUUGUAGAAAUAUAAGAAAUAUAAAACAAAGUAUUUUACAAUUUGUAACUAUUUACUGGAACUCUGUCGUUUAAAAAUUAAAAAAAAAAAAAAUGAAGUAGUAGUUUACUAUCAGCACGAACUGUGUGCAAAACUCUAAGUAUUAUAAUUAUGCCAUGUGAUUGAAUAAGCAAAUAGCAAACAUUAAAUAUUUAACAAAAAAUAUGUAGUUAAAAAUAUACUCGUAUACAAAA